AUGACGACGGCAGCCUCAGGUCUGAGCGAGGACGACUUCGCCAAAGACAACUAUGGCGAAACCCUUUUUCCGCGCAAGAUUGAAUCUGCACUGGUACACCUUCGUGAUAUCGGCGAGCAACAUGUUAAUUCCUCGGUGAAGGUGCGGGCCUGGAUUCAGAAUGCGCGGGUGCAGGGCAAGAAGAUGGCUUUUGUCGAGCUUCGGGAGGAAGGUUCUUGGUCAAUUCAAGGACUUGUGAUUGCUGGAAGUGAAGUCAGCAGACAGAUGGUGAAGUGGGUUGGUUCCCUGAAGCCUGAAAGCUUCGUUUCGGUAGAGGGUACGAUUAAACGGCCUAUUGAACCUGUCAAGAAUUGCCGUGUUGCCAACUAUGAGUUGCAUCCCACAAAGGUGUUCUGCGAGGCACCUGCGCCCGAGACGCUCAGCCUGACUCUAGCGUCAGCAAACAAAGCUGUCACGCAAGUUGAUGAGGAGGACACUGUCGUGGAUGGCGUGGAGAGCUUGAAUGUGUCCGGAUCAGCUGUCCCUGGCGCGAGCCUGUCUACGCACAUGAACAAUCCCGUCAUGCGUAAGCGUGCUCCCGUUUCCCAAGCCAUAUCCGAUGUUCGGAUGACCAUUCGUAAGAUUUUCACUGAAUAUCUGGAUGCACGGGGCUUUAAUCUAUUCGAGCCCCCGUGUCUGAUUGGUGCGGCCUCUGAAGGAGGUUCAGAGGUAUUCAAGCUCCCGUACUUCGGAAAGGAGGCCUACCUAGCACAGUCAGCACAGUUCUACAAGCAGAUGGAAAUUGCUGGCGGAAGGAAAAAGGUAUAUAGCGUUGGCCCGACUUUUCGGGCGGAGAAUUCCAACACCCGGAGACAUAUGACUGAGUUCUUCGUCAUGGAUCUCGAAACAGAGAUUGAAGAUCAUUACCACGAGGUUAUGUAUCUACUAGAAGACCUCUUGCUACACAUCUUCCGACAGCUCGAAGUACGAUGCAAAGACCAGAUCGAACUCGUCCGCAGCGUGUACCCAUCCCCACCAUUCUUGUUACCCAAGGUCGGCGAGGAAGUCCGAAUCUCGUUUGCCGAUGGCCAAAAGCUGCUUCGCGAAGAAGGUCCCGAAGAAUUCCGCAAUGUCCGCGCCGACGAAGAUAUGAGCACUCCCCAGGAGAAGGCGCUCGGAGCAAUCAUUCGCGAAAAGUAUAAGACCGAUUUCUACAUCAUUGAUAAGUUCCCGGAGUCGGCUCGGCCCUUCUACGCUAUGCUAGACCCAGAGAAUCCAGCCGUCACGAAUGCGUUUGACUUCUUUAUGCGUGGCCAAGAGAUCCUUUCUGGCGGCCAGCGCAUUCAUCUCCCCGGCGUUCUAGAAAGCCGCAUCCGGGCGAAAGAUAUCGAUCCUGAAUCUCCAGGAAUCAAGGAGUAUCUCGAUAUUUUCAGGUCAGCGGGCGUACCACCACACGGUGGUGGAGGUAUUGGUUUGGACAGAGUAGUGGCGUGGUAUCUGGCUCUGCCUACGGUACAUCUUGCAUCAUACUAUCCAAGAACACCAAAGAGGCUGCUUCCAUGA